AUCUCCCAAGAUCCAUCCAUGGCCACAGCUUCAAGUUUCCUUGUUCAUUCAGUUGCAGCUAUGCUGCUGCUCAACUUGUUCUCCGCCAAAUUUCUGCCAGCUUUUGGUUUUACUAACACUGAGCCUACAAUCUCAGCUUCCCCUGCAGUGCUGCCAUAUGAAGAUCCAUCCAACAACCCUUCUUCAUUCUUCCCUUCACCAUCUGGGGAAUGGCCGGACGGUCCUGCUGCUGCUCCGAGUCAGGAAGAUGGGUUCCCGCCGAUGCCCACCUCCGGGGAGUUCUUAGGGAAGAAGAACUCUGCCUCAGGAUAUUUGCUGGUGAAGUUCAGUAAUCUGUUACUCGGUUCAGGACUUGUAGUUCAUCUUUGUGUUAGUUAUUGCCUUUUUUAGGCAUGAAAAGUGCUUGUAAGUUCCAUAGAAAUACAAUAUUGACACCUCUAGUUUCAUGGAUGAGCAAAUUACUUAAUAAGUGUAAACAUUUUGUAAGUGCCGUUUUUAAGCUCUGAAUUAAACGUUGGUACAAAGAAUCCUGCUUUCUGAGAUGCACCUGAACCACAAGCAGGUUUCGGAAUAUAUUGGCACGAAGAUG